AAAAUUAACGGAGUCGUAAAAAUUAAUCCAAGAUGGCGCGACCCAUGGAAGACAUGUGUUCCGUGAUGCUGGAAAUUUUUAAACAAGAAAGCAGCCCAUUAUCGCCAGAUUCUUCCAUCAGUUUGCUCACGUCAUUUAUUGAAGAUACGAAGGAGCUACAGAUCUUCGGUCAAGAAAGGAAUUGUGCAAGUUGGAUUGGGUACAUAAAUGGCUGUCUGAACUCUUCAAAAACAAGGUUGGAGGGUUUGAGCUGCUUGGGGGCACUUGUCAGCCAGUGUCCAGCUGAAAUCUUCCAGCAGCAUUGCGUGUCCUGGGUCAGGCUGUUGACACAAACUCUGCAGUCUUAUGACUCUCCUCCAAUUAUUGCCCUGGCAUCCGGGGCUCUAAGGAGCAUCCUCAAGGAAGCAUCUCAAGUGUCUGAGCUGUCCAGAGAGCUGUCCAAUACCCACAUUGCACCGAUCAUAACAGCAGCCUUAGAGCUUAAGACAGAGUGGCAGGAGUCUGCAGUGGAGAUUCUGACUGCCUGCAUUCAGUACUUCCCGGGACCAUCUGGGACUUUCCGGACCCGUGUCGAAAACUUCCUCGUUCAACUCAUGGGCUCCAGCAACGACAUCGACAUUGCAGUGUCGGCCGGUCAGUGCCUGGCCCUGCUCCCCAGGGUCGGUGGGGGAGGGCAAGGGGGCGUCAAGCACACCGAGGCCUGGUCCUAUUACUGCCAGCGUGCCCUGGCUAGCAUCGAUGGCGUGGUGGACAAAAUCUACGGAAAUUCUCGACCAGGGAAGCAGACUGAGCCCUCACAGCCACCGUUCCCUUUGCCCGACGCACCUCUGAAGGAGCCCACUAGGACGUAUACAUUGAUCAGGCAAUAUAAGGUGCUGUGCGCUUGCCUCCAACACAUGCUGAGGACUGAUUUUCCUGAAAUUGUUAAAAUUCCGGUGAACCGCAUCCUGUCGCUGUGCGUUUCGAUUCUUGUACCCAACAUGCUGUCCAAGGGACUAAAAUCUUCAUUACAAAGUGGAAAUUUUUCCUCGGUGCAUAUCGAGGCGUUCAACAUUUUAGCUGCUCUGAUAAGCAGUUGCCGUGGCAACCUGAGCCUCCAUAGAAACGUCGUCAAUGAGCUCUUCGUAAAGUCGCACGCUUUCAGGCAGGGCGUCCAAUCAGAAGACACCAAGCACAGGGUAUUAAGUGGUUUGAAGCUUUCUGCCUACGCCGCUCUUGAAAUCUGGUUGGAGACGGUCGGGAUGAAUUCUGGGAUAGAAACGGCCGCUGAGAAAUUACUGGAGUCAAUAUUGACGGACGCACAACCCCAGGCUCAAAGAACAACGUUGAAAGUGACCUCUGAUAAACCUUCGCUGACUGUCAAGUCGUCUGGAAAAGCCAAGAAGAAGGGUGAGACAGCUGGAGGAGAGGCCAGCACAAGCCUGGCCGGCCAGCAGGCAGCCGUUCCAUCACCCAGCGGCCGAGUGUGUCUGGCGGCUUUGAAAGUCUUGCGAUGUCUGCAGAUGAGCGUUGGAACGAGAGUCAAGCCUGACUUUCACAAGGAUGUACAUGAGUUUGUCGUUCCGCUGUUGCUUCGCCUCCAACAAUCUCCCCAAGGUCUGGCCCCGGCCCCAUAUUCCAGCGCAGACUGUCGUAAGGCCUUGUAUCACGUGUUACUGUCGUCGGUGAUCGCGCCUCAUCCAAGAUGGUCGGCGCCCUUGCAGUGUGCUGUGGGGUUGUUCAGUCGCGGAAGACAGGAUACCAGUAUCAAGGUUUCCAGCUUUUGUGCAGAGGCUUCGAUCAUCUGUCAGAGCAUCAUCCAUCCCAGGGUUCCUUGCCUCCAACAGCCUCUCAGCCUUGCCCAACUUGACCCCAAGAGGGCGCCCUCACAGUCCGUCUCAGAAGCCCGGACCAGAUCUGAUCCCGACUACAUGGAAACAACUGAUCUGAGUGUUGGAUUGGCCACACCAAGUCAAACCGCGGAAGGCAACUCGGUUGGGCUCGAUUCUGGUGGUGGAAUAGCACCCUCUGUUGACAAACACAUUCCAAUUAGAUCAGUAGGUAUCGCUCAGCCCGCAGUUGCGACGGCCAAGAUGGAAGUCCCCUCAAACGGUACUGAGGAGAGUGAGGAUUCAUCUGAUGAGGAUAUCGAGGAUCAGGAGAUCACAGAGGAUGAUCCAGGAAUCAAAGAGGAUAAUCAAAUCAAAGGGGAUUAUCAGGAGAUAAUCCAGGAUCGUCCUGAAGUAUCAGCUUCUAAAGAGACCACCAGCAGAAGUGAUGCAAGUGUAGCAUCCACAAGUUCUCAGCUCCAAGAUGAUAGUGUCCUCGCUUCAACAGUUAGCAUCUCAGGUGGCAAAAAGGUCGCCAGUUCGUCAGCUUCUUCAGACGAUUCAAAGAUCUCCUCGCCGACAAGAAGAUCCAAGAGGCAACUGGCGAGAGUUCAGGAGGAGGAGAGGAGAGAAAGAGAGAAUGCGGGUGCUAGGGAGGAGUCUGGAGAUGCCGACAGUGGGAGCAAAAAGAGGCGGAGAGAAGACGAAGAUGAGGACGAGACUAAGGAGGAGGUACCGGAGAAGAAUCUUGAAGGAGAUGUUUUGGAUGAGACAGAUGUCAUGCUGGCAAGCUUCGUGGACUCGUUGCCCGAUAAGGAAUAAAAACAAAAAA